UGAGUGUAGGGAGGUAGUACCCUCUCACCAGAUCGAAGAGCAGAAGCUCUCUACUACUACUACUACUAGUAGUAGUAGUAGUAGUAGUAGUAGUAGUAGUAGUAGUGGUAGUAGAACGGAGCCACUGUCGGUUGUUAUCGUUAGGGAAGGAGAAGGAAGAAGAGGCCAAACAGCAGCAGCAGGAGCAGGAGGAGGAGGAGGAGGGGGAGAAGGAGGAGGAGGAGGAGGAGAGAGUAGUAAAGUUCAGGGAUGGAAAAAUGGGAGGACACUCGGCCUUGCCUCCUCCUCCUUCCCUCUCUCUCCUCCUCCUCCUCCUCCUCCUCCUCCUCCUCUCUCUCCUCCGUCUUCUUGUUCGAAUCGAUGUGCUUCUGCUGCUUCUUGCCCCCUGCCGUCCAACCUUCUUCUCUCUCUUCUUCUUCAUCCUCCUCUCCCUUCUCCCUCUUCUCUCUCUUCCUGCUCCUCUCCCUCCUCUCAUUUCUCUCCUUCUCCCUGUCGUCUGUCAUCUCCCUCUUCAGUUCGCCCACAUUACUGUUUUCUUAUCUCCAUUGCGACGCUUCUGUUGUCCAUCCUCCUCCCUCUCCCAAUCCCUGGAGCUUCAACGGCUCCUCUCACUCUCGCCCGCGCUCAGCCGCUCGCCUCUUCGCUUGCCUCCCCCGUCUCUGGCGACGAUACCCCCCCCCAAUCCGACAACGGCGGCACCUACGACUCCUUGAUCCUCUAUCAAAUCGUACAGAACACAGAUGGCAACAAGGUUUUGCAAGUGAUGAAUCGCUGGAGCACAGCCCCAGUCAGCCUCAGAAAUUACGAGUUGCGCUACUCCUGCGGUGGAGUGGGAGUAGGAGGAGUAGUAGUAGUAGUAGAUUGGUGCCUGUUGUGGCCACCGCCGAGUCCAGAGCUCCGCAGAGAGGCGAUGCUACUACGGCAAUAUGAUAUAUUCACCGUCGCUGAUAUCAAUGCGAGUCCAGCUCUCAAGGAUUACGCCGACGGCCUCGUGAAGUUCCCGACUUCCGGAAAUGAAAGUUAUGCGCUGUUUCAGAAGCCACAAACUUUCGUUGACAUGUUCAACAAGGCUGCAAUGGGGCCUGGGGAAACUCCAGGAAGUUGGGUGCGGAAGGAUUUGAAUUCGAGUGCAUACCCAUCGGGCACUGAAGGGUUUUCAUCAAGCCACUGGGGGAGUUCUACCCCAGGCACAAUCUUCCUUGCAGGCAUGGAGGUGAACCUGACGACCAUGCCGUCGGUGCCAAAUGUAUCUUGUGGAGGGCCCCCCCCCACGGAUAAUGUCGUUGAGGGUUCGGAAACUUUUGGCGUUGGCACUUUCACGGUGAACGACCUUCUUGAUGGACAGAACGAUUCCCUGUGGACACUAGACUCGCCUGACCCUUGCUUAGGGAAAAGGCAGUUCAAUGUGUCGGCUUGUGGCGGUGACGGGGCCUUCGAGCGGAUUGGAAGAGUGGCCACAAUCAUUGGGCGUCGGAAUUAGGAGCAGGCGGCGAAGAUGAAGGAAUUGGAGGAGGAGAUGGAGAAAAAGAAGAAGGCUGGUGAAGAAGAAGCGGCAGCAGAAGAAGAAAAAGAGAGGAAACGUAUUGAAAGUAGAGAGGAGAGUAGUGACACGAAGAGGGAUGAAGACACAGAGAUGGAGAAGAAGAUCAGUGGUGCUAAUUUAUUGUUGGGUGAAGAUGAGGAGGCGAAGUUUUAUGUGCACCAGGACGAGAGGGAUGCGUUAGCCACUGAGCUAGCGGCAAUGGAGGACCCUCUGGAAAGGCGAGAAAGGGAAGAAGAGAAGAAGUUGGAAUGGAAGUUGAGGAUGAAGAGAGAGAAGAAGAGGAGAAGGGAUGAAGUUAACAGGUUGACUGAGGAGGUGGCAAAAAUGAGGGAUUGUAGACAGGAAGUGCAGGCACAGACAGACAUGUCUGCCAAGAUGGAUAAGGUGCUGGGUUAUUUGGAGGUGCUGAGUGCUGCCUGGAUGGAGGAGCGCCAAGCUAAUAGGGGUCAGGAUGUGGCCCUGAGUGCCAUGCGGUCAGGCUUUAGAGAUUUCGCGCGCGAUAUGGUUACCCAUGUUGGAGGCGAAGUCAGGCGACUAAGAGACAGCAUGGGGAAGUACUGCGAGGGCGCCAUUGAAGGUGCCAAAGCAAUAGCCUUUGUAGAGGGUGAGGCCAGACCUCGUAAGGAGCCCGUUAAGCUUAAAUUCCCAGAUGCAUAUGGGGGGAAGAAAGAGGAAAAUUUCGAUAACUGGGAGGCAAGCGUGAACAACUACGUGUACCUACAACACAUUCUGACUGAGGAGCAAGUCCUCGUCAAUUCCAGGCCCUCAAGGACGAAGCAGCUAGUUUUGCCAGAUAACACUCUGGCACAUUGCUGUCUCAGUGCUCCCACUCUCGCACGGUUAGUGAAGGAGCAGUUAGAGGAUCAGGUCUUUGUGGUUUAUGUCAGACCUGCCACUGAGGCUAAGGAAGAGACCCGUAGUGGGAAGAGCACUAGCCCCUAUACCCAGGAACAACAAGAAAAGAUGGCCGCCUUAGUGAGAGAGAAUAAAGAGAGAAAAGAACUCCAGAAGCAGGCGAAACUGAAAGCGAUCGCAGAGGAGCAGGCGGCAAAGAUGAAGAAGUUGGAGGAGGAGAUGGAGGAGAAGAAGAAGGCUGUCGAGGAAGAAGCAGCAGCAGAAGCGGAGGAAGAGGGAAAACGCAGGGAAGUAAAAGGAGAAAGUAGUGGCACGACGAAUGAGGAUGCAGUGAUGGAGAAGAAGAUUAGUGAGUGGAUUGCUAACUUAUCAUUGGGGGAAGAUGAGGAGGCACAGUUGUAUGUGCCACAGGAUGAGAGGGACGCGUUAGCCAGCGCGCUAGCAACAAUCGAGGACCCCCUGGAACGGCAAGAAGCAGAGGAGGAGAAAAAGUUGGGAGCGCAGGCAGACAUCUAUGCCAAAAUGGAUAAGAUGCUGGGUUAUUUGGAAGUGUUGAGUGCUGCCUGGAUGGAGGAGCGCCAAGCCAAUUGGGGUCACGAUGUGGCCCUGAGUGCCAUGCGGUCAGGAUUUAGAGAUUUUGCGCGCGAUAUGGUCACCCACGUUGGAGGCGAAGUCAGACGAUUGAGAGACAACGUGGGGAAAUUCUGUGAGGGCACCAUUGAGGGUGCCAACACAGUAGCCGCUGUCAAGAGCGAGGCGAGACCCCGCAAAGACCCUAUUAAGCUUAAAUUUCCAGAUACAUACGGCGGGAAGAAAGAGGAGAAUUUUGAUAACUGGGAGGCCAGUGUAAAUAGUUAUGUGUACUUACAACACGUUCUGACUGAGGAGCAAGUCCUCGUCGCCUUUCAGGCCCUCAAAGACGAAGCGGCCAACUUUGCCAGGUCCCUUGUGCGCGCGGCCGGUUGUGAAAACAACCUGGUUGCAUAUUCUAAGAUCACCCCCCUUCCUCAAUUCUUCAAACUCCCGAGGGAGAGAUUUGCUGACCCGACGAGAGACGUUAGAGCCUCUGAUAAGUUACAGAGCAUCCACUCACUACAGUGGAGGAGUGCAAGAGCACUCAAGGGUGUCAUGGACGACUUGGUAGUCGUCCCAGACCAUGGGGUCACUGAGCCCCAGUUGGUCCAGUUAUUUUAUCGUGCCAUGCCGGAGCCCUUGCGUGGGCAUUUCUUUGAUAAGUCUCAACAGGCCGGCAUCACAUAUGAUGUGUUGAGUAGAGAGGUGGUCUUGUUCGAGUCGAAGUCCAUGCCAGUGUCCACUUUCUGGCACAAGGACUUGGAUGAGGGGAAGAAGUGGAAAGGCCGUACCAUCUCUGGCCAAGUCAGGGCCAAGGAUCACAUGAUCCUUACUUUAGAGGAAGGUGGUACAAAUGAGGUCCCAUAUAGUCAGAUUGAGUGGGGCCUCGAGGAUGAGGACAGUAGCGUGGGGCAGGGGAGGUCCUAUGCUGCUCUCAUGGCUGGAGGGAGGCCGCAAGGUAGAGGAGGAGCCCAGGGCCAAAGGGGCCAGGCCAUGGGAGGCCGAGGACCGGGCGCACAGGGGGUUGGCGGACAAGGGAACUGCCAAGUGGGAGGCAGGGGUCAAGGUCCCCCGCCAAAUCGUCAAGUGAACUUGGUGAACAUUGUGGAUGUGGAGAAUUGCUGGUCUUUGUCAACACUUGAAGUUGCUUUGUAUAAUCAAGGACUCCCCAGAUAUGCGAGCUACUUUUCUCAGUUGCCGGACGAUCAGAUGCUCAGGGCAGGAGUUGGACUGCUGUCGCAGAUUGGUUUUGCUAACAAUAAGACACUGUUUUGGGAGGAAGAGCAUGAGUGCCCCUCACGGGUCAAUCAAGACAAGAAGCCCACUAAUGGCAGAGCAAAAGACGGGAAUGAAGAUCAUAAUGAGGGUGUGGAAUUUGAGGGUGAGAUGAAUGAGUGUGAAAGAGGGGAGAAACAGCGAGAAGGGCCUACAAUCUUCUCUUGGCGAACAGGUGAUGUGACAUGGCAGGAGUGUGUGGAAGAAAAGAUGGAGGGGGUAACGAAAGUAGGAGGAGGAGAAGAAGGAGAAGACUUUUUCCAGGUUUUCCCGCCCAAGUUCGGUAGAAUCUUGAAGGUCAAGGGGAAGAAGCUGACUGUCAUUGGAGUCGAAUUGGCACACAACGAAUGGAAUGAUCCUCUGGAGGCAGAAUCGUGUGCCAAACGGGAGGCCCAGGCUAUUCUGUUGCAAGCUAUCAUUCAGUAUGCUUUGCAGACGGGAAGGGAGGUGAUCCUCUUGGGUAACUUGAAUGAUUUGUCAAGAACAGUGACAGACUAUAGUGGCCAGCUACCAAAUUCCACUGCGGUGAAAACGAUAAUGGAUGUCAAUGGCAAUGGAGCGGUUGGAGAUGUAGAAGACAUGAGGAUAGUUACGGAGAAAAUAAGUACCGCUUUGCGUUACACGGGCAAUGUGUCAAUAUCUGGGGCAUCAGUUUGGGGCCAGAUGGAUUUCAUCAUCGUGAGUCCCAAUCUCUUCAGGGAUAUUCAGUUAGUGGGCAUUGAUCAUUCUGUUAAUAGUUCUGUUUCUAGCCAUUAUCCUGUCUUCGCCACAUUUAAUAUUUCGCAAUGGCCAGUUCCUAGCGAGGACCCCCCGGAGUUCUCUGGUCCAGUAGCUGAUUCUCCUGCGGUGAUUCAUCAACGGACGUCUUAUCAGAAUCCAGGAAGUCAGAAUACUUCUCCAUCUCAAGAAACUAAGAAGCCUGGCGACAACCAGGAAAGUUCUCGAGGGUUGCUGGGAUUUGAUGGCAACAACAUUCCAUUUCUUGCUGCGAGUCUGGUCAUAUCUGGUUCUGUGUUGAUUGCGGCGAUGCUGGCAUUGUUGAAAGGUCGGCAUUAUAUUCGCACAAGGAAGGUGAAGAGGGCAGAAGAAGUGGAAGGUGCAGAGGGUGUGAAUGCUGGGGCAUGGAGGGUACUCGAUUCCCCAGCUCCCGCUGCCCCGUGGAGGCCAAUCGAUCGCUCGUUGCCCACAAUUAAGUCGGGAGAACAGCUCGAUAUGGGUCUCUAUACAGUAAUAGAGGAGGAUUUAUAACUGCGGCAGUCUCUUAGAAACUACAUAGACUGAAAUACACCAUCCCAUGUUCUCCAGUCCGGAUGGUCGGCUUGCAUAAUUUUUUUCCCAUUUUUAGUUCCCUUGGUCUUAAGAUGCUUUGGUCCCCUUUGGAGGCUUUUACCAAGAUGCCUCCAUUUUUUUAUUUUUUUAUUUUUUUUUAGUUGCCUCCUUUUCCCUUUAUCCCAUAUGAUGAUACGCAGCGUUAAUCUUCUCCAAUGAUUCGGCAGAUGCAAAUCCGCUUUUCUAUCGUUAGGUUUGCUCACUGCUACUGGAUCUCCCGUCUUAUCCAUCUCUAUUUCCAUUUCCACUGAUUGCCAAUUCCAACUGAGCAAUAAUAGAAGCCUGCUACCUUGCAGUGUUGUAUCCACCACUCGCUCUUCCCGCUUGACCCUCCUACCUUUGCCAUGUCCUCGCUACGAAUCGCACAACCUUUGAAACACAAUCUUCGUGGGACUGGCAUACACUUUGUGCCUUCCGCGCUCCUCCUUGCUCCCACUGCCUGCACGUGCUUUGCCUACCAACAGGGCUACUGCUUCCCAGCUUCUCUGGGUUUCGCUGCCUGUCCCUCAUGUUUUCUGUCCUUGACUUCCUCCACCUUCCUUGCGUUUCACAUCCUGCACCUCUCUCUUCUCCACUAUCGCUUUUCUCUUAGGUCUUUGCAGCACUUCCCAGGAACUGUCCACUUGCCAGCAACACAUUACUCAUGAGUUCUGUUGACAUCUGCUGCUCUGGGAAACCUUGGUGGCGUUGACGCUUUUUUCGCUGUGUGUGUGUGGAGAUGUGUGUGUGUGGAGAUGGGUGUGUGGAGAUGUGUGUGUGUGUGUGUGGAGGUGUGUGUGUGUGUGUAUGUGUGUAUGUGUGUAUGUAUGUGUGCGUAUGUCUGUGCGUAUGUGUGUGUAUGUGUGUGUGUGUGUGUGUGUGUGUGUGUGUGUGUGUGUGUGUGCGUGCUACUCGUGAGUUAUGUCGACAAUUUUGUGCUGCAUACUCCCUCUUUCCUUUCCAUCCAAUGAGUCAAAAGAGGUAGCAUGAUAUCUGAGCUCAGCAUGCACAUAGUUUUUCCAUGAAGUGGGACAGCUCAUGCCCGCGAGUGUGCAACAGAAUGCCCUAUGUAUAGCAGACAAGCCUGCUCGGUUAACAUUAUCCCCGACUUCCGCCGCAAUGAAUACGCGGCUCUGAGGACAACUGGCGGCUCUGGCUGCUCCUUAAAACAUUAACAUAGAAGCGAUAGACUCAGCUGGUGCACGUAACAAGAAAUCACUUGGUGAAGUUGGUGGCAGUCGAUACAUUGUUUGAUGUGGGGUUCCUUUACGGCGAUGCGUCGCCGCAGAGAUGCAUCCAACGCUUGCUGAUGAGUCCAGAGGCCGUUCGCGUUCGUCAGGUACAGCAUUCGUGCGGAUGUUGGCACUGCGCAGAUUGAGGUGGGGAAGGCUAUGCUGGUGCUAUGUUCAUGCUUGGAACGCAUGAACCUAGCCAUAGUAGCAGGCAGGAUCGUGGUUGCCUAGCAUGAAUGGAGCACACCACUGGGGGCCUGAGCCUUACACUGAGAAGUCGCGACUUUAUAAACCUGAUUCAUGCUGAUUGAGCUGGUUGAAGAUGGGGAAAACCCGUGAGAAGUAAAAUAAAUUGAGAGAGCGAGGAAGGGGAAGCGUGGAUGGGGCGCUAACUUGCUGCUGCCGCUUCUGCUGAAACGAAGGACGAUUCAACCGAAUCAACAACACGCAUGGCAUGCUUCAGGCAGAUGAAGAGCUAGCGAAGUGGGGCUGGGGGCUGGAAGUUCAGCUGUGAUUACAUUAGCCAUCUCUGUGCCAGGAAUGACUGGAAGUUACAAACCGAAGUGCUUUUGGAGUGCUUUUGGAGUGGUGAGGAGUACAAGAGAGAACUCGCACGAAUGCUGUAGAUGGCGACGGUAGAGAGAAGCAACUGGCGGGACAGUGGAAGUUUGAAGGCUGUCUCUCAAUUCUGUAUCAGGCAGCUGAGAGAGAGAGAGAGAGAGAGAGAGAGAGAGAGAGAGAGAGAGAUCAUGUGAGGGCUGUAGAAGAUGGCAGGGGUAGAGAGAGAGAGAGAGUACAAGACAUGGCUGGAUUUCUGGCUAACCUCUUGAUCUGCACAGCAUCUGGAUGUGUUUCUCAAUACUGUCUUUGGCAGAUGAAGCAGAUGAUCUAUUGCGUAACUGGAGUGGAGUGUCGGUAGUGCAAACCCUGGGAGGCAGUUUUCUCACUGCUGGACUGUGAGAGAAAACAUACAAGGAAUCUUGAUUGGAAGUUGUGGUGCAAAGUACAGUUUUGUCACAAGUGGAAAGAUGUGCUCUCAGGCUCUGGAAUAAGGAGUGGGAAGACAUGGGAGAAGUGUGAAGGCCACCGUCGUCACCCGAGUAGAACAUCUGGUCAUUAUGGUCCAAGUUUCAGUCUAGAUGUGGCCAUUACGACCGGGUGUUCUGUUCAGGCGAAGACGGUAGUCAUAGAAGCCGCCGACGAUGUCCCCUACCGCCUCUCCUGCUGACCGCUGGAUUGCAGACGCUUCUGAUGGGCAUGUGUACCCACAGAUCGAGACAGCCGUCACACUCCAAGGCAGCAGGUACGGUGAGUCCGUGAACUCCAUGGAUCUAUCAUAAUGAUUUUAUCAUGUUAAUGAUGAUCGUAAUGGCCACAGAUCCCCGAACGCCUCUCCCGCUGACCGCUGGAUUGCAGACGCUCUCUGUAAUGGACACAAGUGAUUUGGGUCACAAGUGAGGCGUGCAUAUGGGGUUGAACUCCCCACCUCCCAUAAUGGACACAAGUGAUUUGGGUUGGACUUCUGUUUUCCUCUGCUUCUCCUGUGUGUUGAUGGCUUUCUCAUGAUCCAUUCUUCAAAUGAUGGUUGAGUUCUUUUGAGGAAGAACUCGAUGCCCGCGAUGCAGUGGAUGAGACCAAGCAUAAGCCGUUCGUUCAUCCAGACGUGUGAUACUAUGGCACUGAUGAGAGCCUAUUGCCCUAUCACGAUUCGCCUAUGCGCCCCAGGUUUAGUGCUCUUCAGAACCUUUCGCUUUUCGGUGUCGAUCCGUCUUGUUGUAGAACUCGAUGCCCGCGAUGCAGUGGAUGAGACGAAGCAUAAGCCGUUCGUUCAUCCAGACGGGUGAUCCUAUGGUACUCAUUAGAGCCUAUUGCCCUAUCACGAUUCGCCUAUGAUCCCCAGGUUUCCUGCUCCUCACUGCUCUCUUGUUUAGGCUUAGAACCUAACCGCCCUUCUUCGGCAGUUGGUGACUCGCAAAGAUUGCAAGCGCAACGGAUAAGCUGGAUGGCACCGGUAUCUUGCCAGGUUCAUUACCCUCGUCAUGGCUUUUGCCAUAUCUGUGAUCCCGAUCCCGCUAUCAAGACUCGUCACACGUCAUGGCUUUUCCCAGAUCUCUGAGUCCAGUGUCUAUUCCAUUUUGCUGCUCUUCUCCCAAUGCCGAACUUCAUUGAACUUUCAAUAUUUCUGCAGCCUUCAUUUUUCCUUCUUAUGCUGCCAAGUUCUGAGCACUUAGAUGUCUCUUCUGCUCAGAUUAGAAAUGCCUGAAGCCCUGAGGUAGCGAAGGAGUUUCAGCAGCAAAGGCUUGAUGAGACAGCGAUUAUUGUGACCUGUCUGAAAUGACUCCGAAUGGAAGUCGUUGGACUCGCAUCCUCGUAGUGGACUGAGAGGAUGUGUUGUGAGAGGAACUCUUGUCUGCAAAGCUGCAGAAAGACUUCUCUGCAGUGUCGACAGAAAGUGUUUUUUUUUUCAAACAUUUUUUCCACCAGGGAGUGUUCUGCUAAGCUGUGGGACGCUGCCUGUCGACCCAGGUCACCGAUGUGACGCCGCGUUCGGUUGUGCGUCUGUCGAUCGUAUCCGUUUCCCUCGUCCAAAGGGUUUGCCUCCAUUCCUUGUGGGAGUUGGCGGAGGAGUGGAGCUUCACCGCACCGCACCUGCUGCAAGGCUGUGUUCACAUAAUUGAGAGAGACCUGUGCAACAAGUCCCAGGACCGGGUGGAGGAACGUCGUUGUACAAAUUGCAGAAUAUAAAAUUUGAUAAUCAAAUUCAUUCAUAAAG